GUGCGACGCUUUACGGCAGCUGUGUCUGUUUGCUGGUAUGGUGCUCGCGUGAAUCGUCCUUGUGGAAAUGCAGCCCUGACGUCUCGUGCGUGUCAGUUAAAGCUCAUAUAACUCAGAGUGCAAAUUAUUUUUAAAGCACUGUAGCUAAAUUAGAGCUCUUGAAAGGCAGUGGCUUUGGUUCAUUAUCAGCAAAACAAUCCCUAAGUAGAGAUCCAACACCAACAGGAAGUGAUGGCGUCUCAUUUUCUGAAGUUCUCAGUGCUGGUGCAGAAGUAUCGGACACCUCUUCUCCUUGCUGGCUGCGGAGGCGUCUUCACAGCCAACAUUUUCUACCAUGUGUUUCCAGAAAACACUUACCGAAAACUCUAUCAGGCCUGGAGCAAAGGAGAGCCAGCCACCUUAUCAGAGAAGCUGGAGAAUGUGUUCCAGCAGGUGCUGAAAGACUCAGCAGUCAGUUCUCCUGAUAACUACACGGCUUUCGCUGCUUACGGUUUCCAUCCGGUCGGUGCAGGGAUUCCGUGGCUUCCCCGCGGGGCACAGAUCGGCAUCCCGUCCAACUUCAACAGCGCCCCGGACGACCUGUCGGGAAUCACUAACCGCACCAUUCUCAUCAGCGGUAAAGAAGUGGAGUGGGACAGUGAGACUGGCAGCUCACUGAAAAACGCCCUGGUGUUGUCUGAAGACGCGCAGAAGUUUGCCAUGGCACGUGAGGUGGCCCGGUUAGAGUGCGCUGGUCCAGUCCUGCAUGCUGCUGUGGCUCCUACCUGCCUGGCUGGAGCCUGGAUUUACAGUGUGGCUCUCAAGCAGAUCUUUGGGCUCUUUGCUCGAUCUGUUAUCCUCAGAGCUGGGGUGAACACACUCGCUCUGGGUCUGGGAGCUGUGUCGUACUUUCUAGCCUCUGACGCCGUGAACCAGUGGCUGGAGUUCCACUCGGACCGGCGGGCUGCCAGUCUGUCCCACAACUACACAAAGGGUGGAGUUGAGUUCUAUGAGAAGAUUCUGGCGAGGAAUAAGAUCCUGCGUGUUCUGAUGGGACCUAAAGGAGAGGAGAUGUACGCACCAAGCGGCAACCUGUUCCCCGCCAGCCUGUUGAGUAUGAAACAUGCACCGUACACGUCGAGGCGAGAUGGAAUUCUGAGUCUACUGAAAGAGGAGAAAGCAUAAAGGACGUUUGGUUUUUGAAUAAAUGGUGAAUUUGAAUAAAUGACUAGGCUGUGUUCACAAGGACUUUCUGAUAUCCAUCCACAAACACAUUCAUAUGUGUUGAUGUUACAUGGUAGGUGUGUUUGUGGGGAGAGAAGGAUAUUAGGCUCAGAUAUAUGUAUUUUGCACUAUCUGCACACACACUGUCUAUGUGCAUAGUUGGGUCUCUCCUAAAGCCUGGCUAAAACCAUGUCCUGUUGGCUAACGCAUGCAUCCAUUAGUGUAAUUUUUAUGCAUUGGCAUGUGUUGAGUCCUUCAGUGCAACAUUCUCAAUGAAAUGAGUGACAGAGCAUAAUUAUUAUUAUUUUUUUUUAACCAAAACCAAAAAGGUCCUUGUGAAUGCGACCUAAGGUAUAUAUCAAAACAAGACUACAGGGUGUCCCAAAAGUCUCCAGACACAGGGGAAAUUAACACUUUUUAGCAAAAUGUCUUCCAAAAUUUUUCAUACUUCAUAUAUAUAUAUAUAUAUAUAUAUAUAUAUAUACAUCCUUUAAGAAUGCCGUUGACAAAAGAAGAACGUAUUGAAAUCAUUCUCAUGGCUGGAUCGGGAAGCUGUCACAAAGUUGCGAUGGACUUUAACAGGAAACAUGGCAAGCACAUCACACACGACACUGUUGCCAAACUUAUUAACAAAUUCAAAAAGAAAGUGUUUCAGACCAACCAAGAAGUGCUCGUCCACGAACAUCCACUGACAAAGGCACAACCGACAUGGUGCUGGCAAACGUGCUGGAGACUUUUGGGACACCCUGUAUAUUCGCAAUGACACAAGGACUCAAAAAAUAUGAAAGACAUAAACACCAGAAUGGGUUCAGAAAAAUGUGCUGAUACAAAAUAUUAAAAACUCCAUAAAAUAAUACAAUAGAAUCAUAUUUGGUCAUGGUUUAAAUUACAGGGUGUCUGAAAAGUCAGAAGCCAAUGACCGUAAAACUAUAUAUGCUUAAUUUUAUAAUUUACAGCAUAUGCUGUACAUGUGCACACUUACGCUCUACACAUUUUCUCAGCCGCUGUAUCACGUCUUUGCGGAUUUUGCUCAACCUAUUCGGAUUGACAUAUUUUCUCAACAUAUUCUGACUUUUCAGACACUCUGUGUUAUUAUAUUAUAUUUAAAAAUGCAAUUGCUGUGACAUGUAAAAAAUAAACACACUUUAUUCUGUGAAUAACAUCA